AGUCACUUCCGCUUUGGGGCGGACACCAGCCAAACCUGUGGCGGGAGUUGGAGAUUCUUCAGCGAAUACACCAGGAUCAUCAUGUCUAGAGUUCAUAACUUAAAAAAGUCUCUUACACCUCAGAUUUCUUCUUUGACAAGUGAAUCUUAUAGACAGCUGGAUUAUUUGCCUGACAAACUAAGAGCAAAGCUGCUUCCUUUCCAGAAAGAUGGCAUCACUUUUGCCCUCAGAAGAGAUGGCAGGUGCAUGGUGGCUGAUGAAAUGGGCCUAGGAAAGACAAUCCAGGCAAUCGCCAUUGCUUACUUCUAUAAGGAGGAAUGGCCUCUUUUAAUAGUGGUCCCUUCAUCUCUGAGGUACCCUUGGACAGAAGAAAUAGAGAAAUGGAUCCCAGAGCUAGGUCCAGAAGAAAUCAAUGUUAUUCAGAAUAAAACUGAUGUUGGGAGGAUAUCGACCAGCAAAGUGACGAUUCUGGGUUAUGGUCUUUUAACGACAGAUGCAGAGACUUUGAUAGAUGCACUGAAUAAUCAGAACUUCAACGUGGUGGUAGUGGAUGAAUCACACUACAUGAAGUCCAGAAAUGCAGCUCGCAGCAAGAUUUUAUUGCCAAUGGUACAGAAAGCCAAAAGAGCCAUACUUCUUACGGGAACUCCAGCUUUGGGAAGGCCUGAAGAGCUCUUCAUGCAGAUCGAAGCUCUCUUUCCACAAAAAUUUGGAACGUGGACUGACUAUGCCAAAAGAUAUUGUAAUGCUCAUGUCAGAUAUUUUGGUAAAAGGCCUCAGUGGGAUUGUAGAGGGGCGUCAAAUCUUAAUGAACUUCAUCAGCUAUUAAGUGACAUAAUGAUUAGAAGGUUAAAGACUGAAGUUUUAACCCAGCUGCCACCUAAAAUCAGACAGCGUAUUCCAUUUGAUCUUCCGUCAGCCGCAGCCAAGGAAUUGAGUACCAGCUUUGAAGAGUGGGAAAAAUUAAUGAGAGCUCCAAAUUCAAGUGCCACUGAGACGGUUAUGGGGUUGAUUACUCGCAUUUUUAAACAAACUGCUAUUGCCAAGGCAGGUGCUGUAAAGGAUUAUAUUAAGAUGAUGCUUCAGAACGAUACACUUAAAUUUCUAGUUUUCGCUCACCAUUUAAGCAUGCUCCAAGCUUGCACAGAAGCAGUCAUAGAAAACAAGACUCGAUAUGUUAGGAUAGAUGGAAGUGUUCCAUCUUCCGAAAGAAUACAUCUGGUUAAUCAGUUUCAAAAGGAUCCUGAGACUCGUGUGGCUAUCCUAAGCAUUCAGGCUGCUGGUCAGGGUUUAACAUUUACUGCUGCGACUCAUGUUGUAUUUGCUGAGUUGUACUGGGACCCUGGACACCUAAAACAAGCAGAAGACCGUGUUCACCGAAUUGGACAGUGCAGUUCUGUGAAUAUUCACUACCUAAUUGCAAAUGGGACUCUAGACACCAUUAUGUGGGGAAUGUUGAAUCGCAAGGCUCGGGUUACCGGGCAUACAUUGAAUGGCAGGAAGGAACAACUUCAGGCUGAAGAAGGUGAUAAGGAAAAAUGGGAUUUCCUGCAGUUUGCUGAAGCUUGGACUCCAAAUGAAAGUUCUGAAGAGCUCAGGAAUGAAGUUUUGUUCACUCAUUUUGAAAAAGAAAAACAGCAUGAUAUUCGAUCAUUCUUUUUACAAAAACCUAAGAAAAGUCCGUUGGUGACCUCCUGUGAUGAAUCAAAGAUAUUCCAGGAGAAAAAUACUGUAGUGCCUGUGGACCCUGGAAAAAGAUCUACAAGAGAUACCAUAGAUUACGAAAACAAUUCUGAACCUGAAGCUAAAAGAUUGAAGUCCUGCAGUCCCCAGCAGGAGAAACCAGCCUGGCCCAGGCCGACCACGGCUCUGGCCGAGGCAUCCAGCCCACCCCUUCCUGGGAAGGGCUGGCAGUGUGGUUUCUGCACCUAUGUCAAUAACCCGGCGUUACCUUACUGUGAAAUGUGUGAGCAUCCUCAAGGCAGUGCUGAUAGCCUCAGCCACACCCAGGAUAAAAACAAAAGUGAGAAAGGUGAUUCUCAGAAAGACACUUCCCAAAAAGUGUGGACUACUAGUUCUGAAAAACAAGUCCUUACACCAUCAGAACCUGAACCAUUGGCUGAGAGCAAGGAUGAAACAGCCAAAACUGAGGGGGAAGACGCACUCACAGCCCAGCCAGAUGAUGAACAGUUGGAGAGUUCGGACACGCUGCCAGUGUAUGAUACCUUAAUGUUUUGUGCGAGUAAGAAUACUGACCGGAUUCAUCUCUACACUCAGACAAAAUGGAUUAAUAAUGCCUUCCUAAUCUAUAAUCAGGAUGGAAACCAGAUGAACUGUAAUUUCAUUCCUUUGGAUAUAAAAUUAGACCUUUGGGAAGAUUUACCAGCAAGCUUUCAGCUGAAACAAAAUCGCUCCCUGAUUUUGAGGUUUGUUCGAGAAUGGAAUAGUCUAAGUGCCAUGAAACAGAGAAUAAUCAGGAAAAGUGGGCAGCUGUUCUGCAGCCCGAUUCUGGCUUUGGAAGAGGUCACAAAGCUACAAACCAAACCAAACAGUACAAAAAGGUACAUAACCAAAGAAGACGUGGCUCUGGCCUCAAUGGAGAAGGUGAAGAAUGACGGGGGCCAUGUCCGCCUGCUCACAAAGGAGGCCCGGCCACGGGAUGCUUCUGGAAAACAGUUUCUUGAAGAUGGAGCCUGUGUUCCAUUUCUAGAUCCCUGUGUAGCCCAAGCGGAUGUCACUGUGAAGCCUUCUCCCCCCAAAGGCUAUUUGCAAGCUGUGGAUAAUGAAGGAAAUCCACUUUGCCUUCACUGUCAGCAGCCCACCUGCCAAACUAAGCAAGAGUGUAAAGCGAACGCUUGGGAUUCACGGUUUUGUUCUCUGAAAUGUCAGGAGGAGUUUUGGAUUCGUUCUAGUAACAGUUACCUGCGAGCCAAAGUAUUUGAAACUGAACAUGGUGUGUGUCAGCUAUGUAAUCUGAAUGCACAAGAACUCUUUUUACGGCUGAGAGAUGCUCCUAAAAGUCAGCGGAAGAAUCUUCUGGAUAUCACCUGGACCUCAAAGCUGCCUUUAGAACAGCUCAAUGAAAUGAUAAGAAACCCAGGCGAAGGCCAUUUCUGGCAGGUGGACCACAUCAAGCCAGUGUUCAGUGGAGGAGGGCAGUGCUCCCUGGACAACCUGCAGACUCUCUGCACAGUCUGUCACAAAGAGAGAACUGCCAGACAAGCCAAGGAAAGAAGCCAGGUAAGAAGACAGUCUCUAGCAUCAAAGCAUGGAUCUGACAUCAGACAAUUCUUGGUAAAGAAGUAAAGCAUAAGAAAUAUUGAGUGGAUGACAAAUGGUCUACAUGUGGAAGAAUUGAACGCGUGUUUUUUUUUCGUGUUUGUCUAAUAUUUUAAGACUGAAAAUUUUCAGAACAAAAAAUUAAGAACUCAGAUUCUCUUUUUAUAAUAAAUGCUUUUAGUGUUCAAUACCUUUUUAAAGUACUUAACAGAAACUGAAAUACAAUACUAAAUAUUUCUAUGAUCUUGUUGAUUUCAUGCAGACUCUCAAUUAUGUUUCAGUAAGGUUUUCUUAAGCUUUCAUUUCCCCCUAUUCUACCUUAAUCAUGGUAUUAUGCAUAGAUUGUAUUUGAAAAAAUAUUCUCAAUUACUUCAAAAAUGCUGCUGGAUUAGGAUUGGUUCUGGACUGCUGUGUGAAUAAAUGGAAACUUGCAAAACCAAGGGAAAUUUCAGAAGCAAAUCAUCAUUAUUCAGAAAUACUGGGCCAAGUGUGACCAACCUGCUUAGUAUGCAAGAGAGACUCUUGUUCACUAAAUGCCUCCAAAAUGAGCUUGGGGUACAUAUUUUGAGUGUUUUCUGUUUUGUUUUCUUUCUUAGCCAGUUUUCUCUAUUGAAAUGAUGCUUUUGAAAUAAACUAAUUGUAGUUUGUAGACAAUUCAGGAGUUCUGGAUAAAGUAAUUGUUAAAAAUAUUUAAAAACUAAAAACAUAAAAUGUAAAAAUGCCAUUUAAACUUCAAUUUUUAGUUUGUUUUCAUGCAUA